AUGGGAUUGGAGUACGGCCUUGCUGACGAGAGAUCAGACGAACGAAAACCGACCUGUGCGAGAUGCCACAAGGCUAGCUUCACGUGUGGCGGGGCUAGACAAGACGUCAUCCCACCUUAUAUGAGCAUCGUUGCUUUCAAGGACAGCAUACACUUUACGUUCCUGUUUGAGGAUCUGCUAUGGCGCUCAUACGGUAGUCCAUGGCUACAGCACUCGGCGGAAGGGAAGCUCGGCAGUCUCUCGUACGACGCAUGCGCUGCAUUAUCACAACACCUAUUCGGACACCGUUUCGCACAAUCGGACGUGGAACAGACUUCUGCACUGGCAUACGAUCGAGUCGUCACUUCCCUCCGCAUCAGCCUGCUGUCAACUGAUAGACCUGAUCCUACGGUUUUAACACCAAUGCUCAUCCUCGUGGCCCGCUCGUGCGCCACAUCCUCCCUGUUCGAGGCAUCAAGCCAUAUCAAUGGACUUCAGGCGUUGUUGCAAGCAUGCGGUCCUCGUACUUUUGCCAGGGACAGUGUCCACGACACCUUCCGGUCCUGUCGGGCCAUGGUCGUCUCCAACAGCCUGAUACUACACAAGAGGACUUUCCUUGCAGACAUCUCUUGGCGGUCGGAUCCAUGGAGUGAAAGAGGCAAAACCGAUGAAGACCAGCUCGUGGACAUUCUUGCCACUGUGCCUGGAAUAUAUGAGGAUCUGGUAACGGCGGAUAGCAGUCUGCCAUACGCAGCUUCAGUGCUUUACGAUCACGCAGCAUUGAAUAUCGAGGCUAGCUUGACUCGACUCUUUUACUGGCGACGUAAUUGGGAUGCGAAGUAUCCUCGAGUCGCUUGUGCGACUGUACGCGCACCAACAAGCCCCAAUGCGAAGAAGCUACCAGUCUAUCCUCAAGGUGCAGAGCUUAUGCUGCGCUACAACAACUUUGCACGCUCGAUCGAAGACUCGUUGUUCAAUGCUGUGGCUAUCUCGUUGAUGGACACACUGAGCUCGGGAAACAUGCCUGAGCCACUAGCUACGAAUAUCACAGACAAUUUGAGGCGGAUGUUUGACGAUCAUCAACAGAGCAAUACAACUUGGGAUGCUAGCCCAGCAUUACUGCCGCUGUCGGGUGUGUGGAGCAUACACGAUCUCGCGAGGCAGAUCAUCCGCGGCUUUGAGUUUCAGCUCGAGCAUGUGCGGACGUGUCAUGAGAGCACACUGUUUUGGCUCUUCCCCGUCGGCCUAGCAAGCAAAAUUUUGGAGGACGAUCAUGGAUGGAGCGAAUGGGUACAGGUGAUGCUGGAGAAGUCCAGGAGCACGCAUGGCGAGCCGCAGUCGUUGCUGGAGCGGUUCGUGUCUGGAGAUUAUCGUCUUGGUGUACAUAAAUAG